CUGAGAAAAUGGCAAGUAACACACCUAAUCAAAGACAGCGGACUAUGUCAACAACCGGAGAGGCUCUAUAUGAAAUUCUUGGUCUGCAAAAGGGAGCAUCAAAUGAAGAAAUUAAGAAAACCUACAGAAAAUUGGCCCUGAAACACCAUCCAGACAAGAAUCCAGAUGAUCCAGCUGCUGCUGAAAAGUUUAAAGAAAUCAACAAUGCCCACACAAUACUCACCGACAUAACAAAGAGAAAUAUAUAUGACAAGUAUGGAUCGCUGGGUCUCUAUGUGGCUGAACAGUUUGGAGAUGAACACGUUAAUACCUACUUCCUGCUGUCAAGCUGGUGGGCAAAGGCCCUAUUCAUCAUCAUUGGCCUCUUGACGGGCUGCUAUUUUUGUUGCUGCCUUUGCUGCUGCUGCAACUGUUGUUGUGGACGCUGCCGACCCAAAUCACCGAUGCCAGAAGAGGACAUCUAUGUGUCACCGGAGGACCUUGAGGAACAGAUCAGGACUGAUAUGGAAAAAGAUGAGGACUUUCCAGUUAUCCUCCAGCCUGCAAGUGCUAAUGAGAAAACACAGCUAAUGAGAGAAGGAAGUCGAAGUUAUUGCACAGACUCUUGAUGCUGAGCCCACUGAGGUCCACAAUUUCUCCUCUUGGUUCAUGCAUGUCUACAGAUGGUCUUGGUGGAGAGUGGGGAUAUGAAAUGCUAUGAAUGUAUACACAUUUUUAUUCUAUUUUUAGGUUAGAGAAAGAUGAUUGCUACAUAAUUUUCUCAGUAUGCAUACUUUCUCUUUGAUUAGAUUCCUAAUGAAACACAUUCAGUUUUGAUGAAUAAAGGUCUGAA